UCUUCUGCUACAGAACCUAACCUAACGUGUAGAUUCUUAGGAAAAUGCGGCGAACCCUCUAAAGAAGAAAGUCAACGUUUUCGUCACUUUGACAAUUCACGGUUCAUGGAAAGACCUUCAAAGAUGUUUGCUUAAACAAUUGUUAUUAUAACCAAUUAUAAAGUUGCUCGUUCCGAAAGGUUUCGUUUUGGUGAAACAGGAAUAUUCGAUUAAUAAAAAUGAUGGAAGACGAACUGAAACAUAAUAUUGACAAAUUAGUAGAAGAGCUGCGUUUCGUUGUGAAGUCCGAAAAAGAGAUCGAGGAUAUUAUUCAAGUUUUAGAUUCGAUCGUAAACGUCAGCAAAACUUCAAUCGGGGAAGCUACAGAAUUCAUCAUAGACGAUGUGUUCUUAACUCUCCUGCGUCAUGAAUCGAAAGAGAUCAUCGCGAAGACCGCGAAAGCGAUCGCAGAGAUCGCUAAAAGCGAGAGAGGUCGGGAGAAAUGCACCAGCACAGACCUGGUGAACGCGUUGAUCGAUUUGCUGAAGGACGACCGCGUCGAUGUGCUGACACAGACAUCCAGAGCCCUGGGAAAUAUUUGCUACGAGAAUGAGAAUGGAAAGAAGUAUGUUGAGGAUAAGAACGGGUUAAUGUCGAUAUUAGCGGUGAUGGAGAAAAGCGUAGCGAUGAAAGACGUGGAAGGUGCACCGUUCCUCCGUAACGUAGCUGCCGGGCUUCUGUUAAACUUCCUCAUUGACCGGCCAUCCCUUCACACGGAGGCGUUGCAACAGGAGAUAGUGCCGAUCAUCUGCAGCAUUUUGGAGAUCGACGGGACCAUCGGCGGAGAGGCAGCGAUGCAUUCUCUUUUAUUAUUAGGCAUAUUGAACGACGCGGAUAUAAUAUUCUUAGACGAGAGGCUUGCGAAGAUUUUGGUAGAUAUUCUAGCGACCGACACGUCGCCGGAGCUGUCCGAGAUGUGUUUGGAACUCCUUCACGGUCAGGCGGAAGACGAGAAUGCGAAAACGUUGUUAGCCAAAUCGGGCGUCUGCGAGUUACUAUUAAAGCUUUUGGAGAAGCAUAGUCCUUAUUGUACAGACGAGGAAGCGAGAUCUGUGUUAAAGAUCGCUUGCAAUUUGAUCGUCCUUGUAUUAACCGGAGAUGACAGUAUGAACAGUCUGUACGACAACAGUAACGGUGUCGUUUACAAGAAGCUGGUCGAAUGGCUCGACACCGAGGACAGAGACUUGCAAAUCACAGCCGUGUUAGCAAUGGGCAAUUUCGCGCGUUCCGAUGCUCAUUGUAAGCUGAUGGCCACGCAGGGCGUCCACAAAAAUCUUUUAAAAUUAUUACGGAAGAACAACACGAUCGCUGGCGACAUAAGAUUUCAACACGCUUUACUCAGCGCCUUGAGAAACCUCGUCAUACCUUCUGACAACAAAUCGUUGAUACUGCAAGAUGGUUUGAUAGAAGUUUUGUACUCGAUGCUGGACAUCCCGUCGCAUCCAGUUGUAUUUAAGCUGCUGGGCACUUUGAGGAUCGUCAUCGACGGCCAAAGUGAGGCAGCGAUAGAAUUGGGAAGGAGGCGUAAUUUGAUAAAGAAAGCCGUCGAAUGGUGCGAGGUCGAAGACCAUCCCGGGGUACAAGGCGAGGCCAAUCGGUUGAUCGCUUGGCUAAUUAAUAACAGCAGGGAUAAGGAAGUGGCGCAAUUGGUAAUCGACGAGAAAGCAGUAAAACACUUAAUUAAAAUGUUGAGCGCGCCGCAUGUAUUAAUGCAAAACGAGGCUCUAAUUAGUUUAAUGAUUCUGACAACGUUUUCCUUAAGUCAAUGCGAAACGGUGCUGAUCGAGAACCAAAUAGGAGACAAACUCUGCGACUUCUUUAGGAAUGCGACCUGUCUAGAAAUACCAAUUCUGCAUAACGCUUUAUCUUUAAUAGAAAACAUUCUCGACGCAGAUCUCGUAAAGGAGCACUUGUGCAAUACUGACUUAUUGAAGUUGUGCCAGGAAACGGGAACAAUUAAGGACGAGUCGAAGCUUAAUGAAAAGCUACAAAAAAUACGUGAGAAACUCGCGUAAUUAAUCAAAACUACUUAUAUUAAAAAUAUAUAUUUGUAUACGUAAUUUUGGUGUGCAUGAUUGGAAGGCGGCCAGCUUGCAAGAGAAAUCAAUUAACACGAACGAGCUUCGUCGUUCAGUCAAUUCGUCAUUAAUUAACAGAAAACGAUAAAAAGCUCUAACUGUGUGUACAUAGAUGUAAGAAAUCGACCAUGCAGUAUAUUUUAUGUGACCAAUUGUGAGAUUAAUAUUUAUAUAAAUCCAUCGAAAAUCUC